AUGGGAGACUUUGCCUUCCUCAAGUCCUUGGCACACCCCGUCAGUCCUGCUGGAGAGAACCUCCGCCAAAUCCGUUUCAGCGAGUCCAUCAUCAAGGAAUUUGAGAAGGGCGGUUACACCGACGAGCAGGUUCAGAUCCUCAUACGUCAGAAGCAACACCUGCAACAAAUCUCGGAGAAGUCUGCUCGCCCCACAGCCAUGAUCAGCCAACAAGCAUCGGGACACAUCAACAACGUAUCAGAUGAUGUUCGCUGCGACUUCAAAGUCUGUCAGCGCUGUGGUCCCAUGCGCAAAGAGCGUUGCUGGCUGUCGUUCGAGGCUGUCUUUGAGAACGAGGUCAGACCCAUUGAUAACUUCGAGCUAACAGAAGGCCUCCCCGUCAAGGAUGUCCAUAUCGCCAAACAGCUUGGCUUGCGUCCUCCUGUUCAGUUCUUUGCACCUCCCAUCUGGGGCGAAUCUCCUCAUGGCUCACCCAACCGUUCUGCGUCGUUGGGCUACACAAGCGAUGGCUUCUCUACCGAUGCCGAGUUCGAUGACGAAAGCUGCGGAGAUGCUCUCUCAUCUAGCUCUCAAGACGGCGAAGACAACUUCCAGACACGCGCUGGCGGCGAGAUGCCCUACGUCACUCUCAGAGACCCUCGCCACGCCCACACGCCCCGUUCCACCAUCAGACUCGUCUCCAACUCCUCGUCUCUCCACAUGCACCGUACUUCGACUGCUACCAACAACGACUAUUCGCCUUCUCAUUCACACACCACGACCUCGUCGAUCAGUCUUCCCACCAUCCCCACAACUACGUCUUACACGAUCCUCCCCGGUUGUGAAGAGACCGUCCAAGAACUGAGAGCGCAAUACUCGCUCAAGGCCAUGACUGAUCCAGAGUUCUACUCUGGUUUCGCUUUGACGGAAGAAGCCAUGGACACCCACACUCCUGACUUGUUCACCAAAAUUUAG